AUGGGAAAAGACUACUACAAGCUGCUCGGCAUUGAGCGUUCUGCAGACGAUGCACAGAUAAAAUCUGCCUACAAGAAAAUGGCGCUAAAAUGGCAUCCUGACCGGAACCAAGGCUCAGAAGCAGCCAGUCAGAAGUUCAAAGAGAUUUCAGAAGCCUUUGAAGUACUCAGCGACAGCAAUAAGCGCGCAAUAUAUGACCAGUUCGGUGAAGAAGGCCUCAAGUCUGGCGGUCCUGUGCCUGGACAAGGCGGAGGCGGGCCAGGUUUUUCGUCUAGUGGAUUCAGUGGAUUCCCCGGUGGGAGCUCUUUCCCCGGCGGAGCAACGUUUUCGUUCUCGUCCAACGGGCCUGGGGCUAGCGGGUUCCAUGCAACUGAUCCCAACGCUAUCUUCGAAUCUAUAUUCGGCGGCGGUUCGCCGUUUGGUGGUGCCUUUGGAGGUAUGGGCGGCAUGAAUGGAAUGGGGGGCAUGGGCAGUGGAAGGACCCGCACUACCAGACCUCCCAAGCCACAACCACGAUCGCACACGAUGUUCGACCAAGAUAUCGACAUGGACGACCCUGGGAUGUUUGGCUUUGAUAUGCCUGGCGCUAUGCCCGGUGGUGGAUCACGAAAACGCAAUGCUUCGCCUUCAAAACCGGCCGCACCGACAGAAAUCACCCGACCGCUCAAACUCUCCCUCAACGAGCUCUAUUCUGGGACCACGAAACGCCUGAAAGUCGGUCGCAAGCUGAUAGACGGGACAAACGAGGAAAAAGUGCACGAAAUCCAUGUGCAGCCAGGCUGGAAGAGCGGCACGAAGGUCCGUUUCCCCCACGCAGGGAACGACGUUCCUGGAGGAGAAGCUCAGGAUCUGGUAUUCGUUGUCGAGGAGAAGCCCCACGAAACAUUCGAGCGAAAAGGAAACGAUCUUCUGUGCAAGGUGUCGAUACCGCUGCUUGAUGCGUUGACGGGGUCAGGCGGCAAGAAAGUCGUAGAAGCACUCGAUGGACGGAAACUGCAAAUUGCCGUCCCACCUGGCGUUGUCAAGCCUUUUCAAGAGACGAUAGUCAGCAACGAGGGCAUGCCGAUACGCAAAGACGGGAGUGUUAGGACAAAGGGUAACUUGGUUGUACAGUGGGACGUCAAGUUCCCUGAUAGCAUCACGCCGACACAGCGAGAGGGUUUGCGCAGAGUAUUAGCAUAA